GUCACAAGUGGCAUAGUUUGAGGUUUUUUGUGGUAUUUUCCCUAAAAGGAGCGAAAUCUCGGUGGUUUGCGAGCAUACUCAUUGGUGUAAUGAAUUAAUUGGAGACGAUAUUAUUUUGUAUGUUCAUCUUACGAGAAUCGUGUGAUUUUCUAUUUAUUUAUCGAUAUUUUAUUAUUGUCCAAUUUUUUUUCCUUGAAAUCUCCCAUAUAUCCAGUUGAUUUUUGCUUCUAGAAUUUCUCUCUCCUAAGCAAGCCCCGAGCCCGAACAAGAAUGACUGAUCUAAAUCUAGAUAUGAUGUAGGAUCAAAAUAAAGAAUUAUGAGUAUAUAAAAGAAGUGACCGCUAUCGAAAAUUUACCAAAGAAAUAACAAUUUGGAUAUAAGUUUUCCUAAAUUUAAUUAAAUAUAAAAAUAUUUUAAUAAUAUAGGUUAGACUGAGUAUAAGUCAUUAAAUUUUAUUUCAUGGAAACAUGUUAAUUUGGAUCAGACUAUUUUCAACUCGACCCAAAUCUAUCCAUUUGACAGAUCUAGUUAAACCCAGCCAAGCCCGGCCUAGGGACAUCGUAACGACCCGACCCGACCCGCUGUAACUAACUCCACCUUGCUCUAUUGGCUCUGCAACAUUUUCAGUUACGCGGUGGUGCCAACGUGCCAAUCAGCCACCCCUGCCAAGCGUCUCUUCUUCGCUCACCUUCUCCUUCCCCGCCGAUCACCACCACUUCUUCUUCUGCUCGUCCUCUUCUCCAAAUGUGACUUCUCGAGGGCCUUCCUCGCAUGCGUUCUUUCUGCGGUUCUCUCCCCCGUGCCUCCAACUCCACCGCCGUCGUCUCGUUCUCAGCGCUCCUCGCUUCGUUCGGGACUCCGCCGGAGCUUCGAUUCCGGGACGGCAUUGCAUCGCUGCGGAAGUACAAGAGGGAGGUUGAGACCUGGGAAAUUCCUCCAUGGCGCUGGUGCUGCUGGAUAUUUUCGUUGUUGCGCUGAUGCCGGUUUUGAAGGUCCUUCUGAUUACCGCUCUUGGUUCUCUCCUUGCAAUUGCGCAAGUAGAUAUACUGGGGGAAGAAGCGCGAAAGCAUUUGAAUAAUAUUGUGUUUUUUGUCUUCAAUCCCGCGCUUGUGUUCAGCUACCUGGCCAAAUCUAUAACAUACAAAAGCAUGGCUUUGUUGUGGUUCAUGCCAUGCAACAUUCUUCUUACGUUCAUUCUUGGCUCAGCACUUGGAUGGAUGAUUAUAAGAUUCAGUAGGGCUCCUGAUCAUCUGCAAGGCCUUGUCUUGGGAUGCUGUGCAGCAGGCAAUCUGGGGAACAUGCCGCUGAUUAUCAUUCCAGCAGUUUGCAGAGAAAAAGGCAGUCCAUUUGGUGAUCCUGAAAGCUGUAAUACACAUGGAAUGGCAUAUGCUUCUCUAUCUAUGGCAAUUGGAGCCAUUUACAUGUGGUCAUAUGUAUACAACAUAAUGCGCAUAUUUUCAAGUAGGAGCUGUCAGGGAUCUGAACCUGAUGUUUCCAUGCCCUGCAUUCACUCUGCUGGAGAAAACAGAAACCCAUUGAAAAUUCAAAAGUCGGAGCUUCUUCCUCUACAGCAGUUCUCAUCAGUCGAAGAUCAUGUUGAAGUUGAUGUCUCAACAUUCGAGGGAACGAGAAAGGUUCAUGUUCCAGCCGAGGUAAAGAAAUUUCUGAGAAUGGUAUGGACAAACAUCAACCCAAGAACGCUAUUUGCACCUUCAACUAUUGGAGCGAUUGUAGGUUUCAUAAUUGGCACUACGCCUCUACUCCGAAAAGCAACUAUAGGUGAUAGUGCUCCUCUUCAUGUGGUUCAGGAUUCGGCAUCACUCUUGGGGGAUGCAGCCAUUCCAACCGUCACAUUAAUACUGGGUGCUAAUCUUCUCAGAGGUCUCAAAGGAUCAAGUAUACACCUGCCAGUCGUCAUUGGGAUCUUAGCAGUUCGGUACAUUGCCUUGCCAUUGUUGGGCAUGGUGAUUGUUCGAGGGGCAGUUUAUUUGGGUUUGGUGCAAUCAGAUCCCUUGUAUCAGUUUGUUCUUCUACUUCAGUUUGCGCUGCCUCCAGCCAUGAAUAUAGGAACAAUGACCCAACUAUUCGGAGCUGGUGAGGCGGAAUGUUCUGUCAUUAUGCUGUGGACUUAUGUUUUGGCAGCAGUUUCAUUAACACUUUGGUCGGCAUUCUUUAUGUGGCUUGUGUCAUAGGAAUAUUCUUUUCUUUGGCCGAUAUUUUUGUCAUGUACAAGGAUGCUUUCCAAGUAAGAGAACAAUGGUAAGAAGAAACGUGACCUUACACAAGAUCAAGAUCAAACCAAGAAAUUCUCUCAUUCUGCGGUAACCAAGGACCGCAGAACCCUCAAUUCUCAGUCGGACAUGGAGUAAGUAUUAUUGUCCGAGAUCGAUGAUUUUCUCAGUUCUUGCAUCAUUUUGCCAGAAUGAAGUUCAUGAAUUUCCAAGAAUUGGUUUUCCAUCUUGAGAUUGACAAUUCAAAAGACAGAGAAGUUAGUUCAUUUAUUUUU